CUGAUCAUGGGGAUAUAUUUUUAGACGGACCGGAUGUGGCUUUAAUUUAACGUGCGCACCAGAGAAAAAUGUUCGGGCUGGUCAAUUGUUCACAAACUCUAGUACAGUACGCAUGCGUAAAAUUGUAUUCUGCCACUUUAGGAGGGACCGAAAAACGGGUGUUCUACAGGAAUGAAUCGAUUCUGUGCAUCAGAUAGGUUGGAAUAUUUGCAGGGGCUUGUGACAGAAUUUCAGGACACUGACAGUGAAGAAGCUAAAGAGCAAAUUCUGGCCAACCUGGCCAACUUUGCUUAUGAUCCACGUAGCAUGGAAGCUUUGCGGAUGCUUCAGGUCACUGAGCUCUUCUUGGACAUGCUAACAGAGGAAAACGAGAACUUUGUGGAGUUUGGAAUUGGUGGCCUCUGUAACCUCAGCAUGGACCGGGAGUGUCGUGAUCAAAUUUUGCAAAGUGGAGGAAUUCCUUUAGUCACAGGUUGCUUGUCGAGUCACAGAGACGAGACUGUUUUGUCCGCCAUCACAACGUUAAUGAACCUUACCACAGCAGCAUCACGCUCCCAAACCACAGACAGUGCAGUAGUGCAGAGCAUGCUGCGCUUCUCACUUACACAGAAUCCUCGCCUCAGCAACCUGGCCACGGUUUUCCUGCAGGACUACUGCACUCAGGACCAGGUAGACAAAGCCAGAGAACUUUUACAAGGACACAGCCAGUCAGCCGUUGGAAUUCCUCUCCCCAAGGACUAGGAUCUUGUGAUAUCUGUGCUGGGCUUAAUGAAGAUGGACAGUAUAACAUUUUAAAUGGACCUUGUGUAGACUUUUAUUCAACAUUAUUGUGACUGAUAGAUUUCUCCAUAUGCUGUGUUUCAGGCACUGCUUUGGUGUUCCUCAGGUGCAGUGGUGCAGAGCUACAACUCACAGUUUAAUGAUUUUUCUACACUUACACUCAUUUAUACCACAAUGGGCUUGAUAGUGAUUUAGUGUACAGAUGCUUUAAAGAACAUUUGUACCACUUAUUCUACAUAGGGUCACAGGGGAAUCAGUCUAUCCCAGGGAACUCGGGCACGAGAGGGGGACACCCUGGGUGUAGUGCUAACCCAUUGCAGGGCACAGUCGCGCACACACGUUCACACACUCCGGACAAUUUAAAAAUGCCAAUCAAACUACGAUGCAUGUCUUUGGACAGGGGAGUAGACAGAGGAAACCCCCAAAGCACGGGGAGAACAUGCCAAUUCCGUGCCCACAGGGCACUGGCGGGAUUCAAACCCCUAACCCCAGAGAUGCAAGGCAAACGUGCUAAUCGCUAAGCCUUCAUGCUCCCCAUGUUUGAUUUUUCCACUACAAAAAAAAAUUGCAACUACUAGUUAAGUUUUCCUUGUUUCCUUGUAAUAGCAGGCUAAUAGUAUUAUAGUUAAUAAUUUAAUAAUUUUCCAACUUCUAUCUGGAGAUCAGUUUACUGUCUGGAGUUUCACUUGUUCUCUCUGGGUUUGUGUGGGUUUCCUCCAACCUCCCACAACAUAAGCUUUAUUGGAUAUGCUACAUUGCUCUUAGGAGGGAAUGUGUGUAUGAACAGUGGCCUGCAAUGGACUGGAGUCCCAAUCUGGGUGUAUUCCUGCCUUAUGCCCAGUGUUUGUAGUAGAGGCUCCAAAUCCACCGUGACCCUGAGCUGGUUAAUUAAAAUGAAUGAAUUUUGAUGUUUUUAGUAGGCUACUUUGGUUUAAGCUCUAAAAAGGCAAAUACUGUUAAAUGAUGGAAUGCAAAUUAAAUAUACUGAAAUAUACUUCACAUACAGCAGAGCAGGUGAUACUUUCUAUCUAUCCACACUGGGAAUUUCCCCACUGUGGGAUCAAUAAAGGUUUAAUCUGAUCUUAUCAAUCAUUUCUCAAACUCUCAGACAGAUCUGAAAUGUUUCUGUUUACAGUUGCCACAGAAUUGUACCAACUGUUAUGGACAUUUAUGCUGACUUGAUUUAUGGAAUAUUUUAAAAUAUUAAAACUUUUUAACAUGAGAAAUUUCCAUUAGCCUAUAGUAAUGCAUAAACCUAUUAUAUAAGCCUAAUUUAUGUCAGCACGGACUAAUAAUAUUUAAUUAGGGGUGCCUCGUAUACCAAUUUAACACCAGGGCACAGCAAUGCUGCAUCUAAUUCACUCCUGUAUUAAAGUUCUAGAGGUUUAGAGUUCUUCUUUUGUGGUUUCUAGCUAGAAAUAUUACAAGAUAUAAUUAACAUGUUUUAUAGUGUAUACCUUUAAUCUAAACAGAAUGAGUGAUAUUUCAGAAUGUAGGACAUUACUACGUUCUGGGACAGUUACUGUAGCAGUGUGCACUUUGGCAUUGGCUUAAAUCCAAAGUUUGUUAAAAGUUCUAACUGCCACAGAACA